AUGGCUGAAUGCCGAGGCACAGAUGCGCAAGUGCUGAAUAUGACGCAGGCUCGAGCGAAGGCAAUGCUCAUGGAGCUGCUUGGUGAGUACUCUGCCAAGAGCUUCCAGAGCAAGUUGGGUGACCUCUUGCAGAAGGAAGCCCAGCAUGGCGAAGUUUGCGACGAAUCGCCAGGCCGCUGGGCAUUAGCCGAGGAGUGCCACGCCGACAUUUUUGCUCGAUACGGCUUCAAGUCCGGAACUGGUGUGGAGCGCCUCCGGCCCAUCGUAUUGAUCUCCAAGAAGUUUCCAGACCUUGAGGAAAAAGUGCAGAAGCUCUGGAAGCUCUUGGCCUUGAAGUCUUCGGUAACGGAACUCUUUACUAAGGUUGAAGAGCCCCAAGAAAUUUCAGGUUCAUCGCUGCCAGCAAAGAGGGUUCCGUCGAAGGCAAGAGCCUUGGCUUUGCAAGCGGAGAUCCUUGCUGCAUUCUCCGCACCUUCUUUCCAGAAAAAGUUGGGCGAGAUUUCAAGAAGGCAUGUCGCAAACUUGCACGACGAAGCCUGCAAAGCAGAGCUGGAUGCAAUGAUGGAAAAGACGAAGCUCGAGAUCGUGCCACGGUACGGGUACGAGGCAUCCCCAAAGGGCCUCAAGGACCUGGAGGAGGACAUGCAGCAGUUUGACAAUGAUCCUGACAUAUUUGUCAAUGCCGUGGCCAUCGAAGAGGCACUCUUCCCGUAUGCUCAAACCAGCCGACCUUUCGUGAUGGACAAGGCGGUGCUUGGCCGAACAGGAUCUAAGCCCACUACGGCUUUCACAGUUGCAAAAUUGUUGCGCAAGCAGCUGGCUGCGUUCAGUAGCCCCAGCUUUCAGAAUGCGAUUUCUGGUCUGAAGCGCAGUGCCGAUGUGGAGCAGGCAUGUGAAGGAUACUACCACUUAAAGGGUCGAGCCGAGCUGGCCCUGCCAGUACAGCGCCGCAUUUUGCCCCAGUAUGGUUUUCAAGGAUCCCGAGCUGGUGUGCUUGAUAUGGUCAGCCACUGCUCGAAAUUCAUCAAGGAUCCAGAAGUCUCGCGCCUCUUCGAUGCCAUCAACUUGAAGUUGGGAAUGACGCCCAGAGCCUGUGCUCGCUUUCGUGACACUGCCUGCUCAUUUCCAUCAUCAGAGCGACCAGACCGUUCAAACCGUCCAGAGCCCGCGCAAACGGUGGAACUCAGCUUCGCAAGCUUCACUGCCGGCAGCAAGAAGUGA